AUGUCCAUACUAUGUCCAUUUUACAUUGUCAUUUUGUCAUUUUGCGUCCUUAGUGUCACACUGAAUCUACUUAUUGCUCUUGGGGGCUCAACCAUUCACCUGCAUUCGCUUGUGCUGGCCCCGCGUGUUCAUCUAACCGAGUCCAGUAUCAGGGAUUUCCUCGUUCGUGCACCAGCAGCAGUGCGAGUCCAGGAGCUCACGCUAUAUGGUGACCAAACAUUCCCAUCUCCACUCACCAUGGAAGAUCCAGCUGAAAUAGCAUCUUCCGCGCCAUGUUUCACAUCUGGUGAACUUGCCUACCUCGACCUCUCAAGCGCACCUGUGACUAGAGAGCUUCUCAUUGAUGUUUUCAAGCCACAGCCGAAGUUGCGGUUGCUUGCUUGUUCAGACUAG